GUGUCUGGGAGGGGGUUAGGGGCGGAACCCAGUGAGAAAGAGGCGGAGGUGGGUAGUCGAGACCUGGGGAGUCGGAGGAGCUGGAGGAAACCUGGGACGAUUCGAGUGACACAGGUGAGGAGACUCGGAGGACAGAGAGCGAUCCGCGAGGUAAAUCAGACCAAGGAGGGUUUAGAGACCUAACGCAGAUCUUGGUAUGGGAGGGGUCACGUCACGUGACUUGCGCGCCGGGAGCGAGUCCGGCGCGGAAAACCUGACAAUGAUUGGGAAGAGGCGGGAGGUCUCUGUGGGAGACGGUUCCUGCAGGGUUACUAGGUGGGUUCCGGUUUCCGGACGUCAUCUCAGGUGGAGAGGUUCGCGGUGUGGUCUGUCUGGGAACAGACCACGUGAAGGACGGGCCGGGGGAAGGUGUAAAGUCAGUUGCAGGUUUCCAUCUCUGGGUGCCCCGGGAGCUGCUUUCCAGCCCCUGCUUCUGAACCUAUGGAUUCUCCGUCUAGCGUUUCUUCCUAUUCUUCCUACUCUCACUUUUCCUCUUUGUCCACCUCCCCAGUGAACAAUGACUUUGGCUUCCCCUCCGAUAGUGAGGAGGAGGACAAGAGGGCCCACGGCCCCAGGUCAGACACUAUUGGGCAGAGGGGAGGUUCCCGGCCCCGUCCCGGUCCUAUCCGCUGCAGGCAACGACCCAAGCUUUCCAGGAACCAGCAUACAGCAUCUCACUCAGGCCAACGGAACUUAGCUUCUCCCAUGGCUGGAUCCGGGGUCAAAAGAUCAAGAGAUGGUGAAUUGGAGAACAUUCUAAACAUCCAGGGUUGUACCACAGAAGGAGACAUGCUAUUUGCUCAGAAGUGUAAAGAGCUCCAAGGAUUCAUACGCCCUCUCACAGAUCUACUGAAUGGGCUGAAGAUGGGUCGCUUUGAGAGAGGAUUGAGCAGUUUCCAACAGAGUGUGGCAAUGGACAGGAUCCAGCGUAUUGUAGGUGUUCUGCAAAAGCCACAGAUGGGGGAACGUUACCUAGGAACACUACUACAGGUAGAAGGGAUGUUGAAGACUUGGUUUCCUCAUAUAGUUGCCCAGAAGUCAUCAUUGAGCAGUAGUAACAGGCAACAGCUGACCAAGCAUUUUCCAAGCCGCCACAGUUAUCUAGCUGCUUCAUCUCCUGAAUUUCCCAUAAACAAGAUGGACCAGACACAGAUAGGACAUCUAGUAUUGAGACAAAAGCAGCCUUGGCACCUCACUGAGUGGCCAACUUUGAACCUCACUUGGAUCCACACGACUCCAAUUUGCAACCCUCCUCUCAGUUCCCCAGCCACUGUCUCCUUUAGCCACAGUCCCAUAGGCAUUAGCACUAGCAUUGGUGUCAUCGUUUUCCUCCAGCAUGGAGUGCGGCCUUUUAUCCACUGUGCCCCAACUGCUCCAGUUCCCUCUACUGCGGUAUCUCCUAUCAUCUCUGGUGAUCCUAAGAAACUCUCUGGAGAGGGGCCUCAUUGCCACAAUUUGCCAGGAACUCUGCCGUCUGACUGGAGCUGUACCUUAUCCCCUCCUGGUAGACCCAGCAUGGCCAGAGAGAUGACCACCAGCCGCCUAGAGCCAUCUACCAGUUGCUCCUGAUGUCCAUCCUCUCAACCCCUAAUCCAGAACUUUAGAUUGUAGUUUCUAAUUUGCAUAAAUACAUAGAUAACUUUUUUUUUUACUUUUAAUGUGUGCAAUUAUGAGAGGAGAGAAAUCCUUUCUGAUUAUAGAAAUUUUAUACUUAAACAGUUUGCUGAUUGGAGGAAAUUGAAACCUGCUUCACAGACCACUGUUUAUCCUCUAGCUGCAUAGAAGAAAAGGGAUGGGAACAUGAGCUCUACAAGGUGGAAGUCUGGAUGAGACAAUAUAAGGGCUGUGGGAGAGGAAAAGGGGCGAACACCCUUGUGACACUUAUAAAGUUCAGAGUUGGGUUUGUGUUUUCCUUCAGGCUCAAAAACUAGUACCUUUCCCUUUAUAUCUCUCACUCUUGUAAUCUUGCAGGUGGCCCAGAGUAGUAGGUCCUGCUCUAAGAUAAAUUUGCUUUGAUGGGAGCUGUUGGUGCUUAAGAAUAAAAGUAUAUGUAAUCUACUGCUGUCAGAGGAGGGACACAAGAACUGGAAUAAUUUCUGUGGUUGCCAGUUUUCAAGAGGAAGGAAUGCCCUAGAACUGUCUGAAUGGGGAGUAUCCCCCCAGACACGGCCUCAUCCUGACUCAAAAAGCUAUAGCUGCCAAAUGUAUGCCAGACUAAGGAAAGCCUACCUAAGAAGGCAAAAAUGAAGUCUGUGUAUUUACCUAAAUCUACCCUUCAUCUAUUCCUCUUUAUGAUUUGUCCCAGUUUCCACCACAACCAUGUCCUCUCCCAUCCUAAGCCUUAGUAGUGUAUCAGACUACUCAGUCUUUUUAGUUUUUGCUUCUUGGCUACUUAGCACAUAACUAGUUUCUCAGAGCUAGUUAUACAUAUUCCUCCUAUUAAGUCCUCUGUUCUCAGUGCAGACUUGUCUCCUUUUAUUUCAGAGACAAGACUUCCUUUCUAAGGCAAAUCUCUCCAUUUUUACCUUUGAUUACCUUUCACCUCUGGAGCUUUUGCUGCAUCAUUUAUCUUCUUUAUAUCUUGUAACUUCAGUUUGCUAUUGGAUUGUUUAUUCUUUCUCCUGCAAGAGUGAUCCUGAGCCUGGCCGUCCUCUUUCUCAUUUUUCUCAAUAAUUCUUGACAAAAUAGUCUUAUGCUCUUUCUGGCAACUUUCUACUGCUCAAUCCUUAACCUUUUGCAGUCAAGCUUCCAUUGCUAUCUGCUGCACCUUCCAAAGCCACUAGUGAUGUCACAGAAUCAGAAUAUUAAAAUACAGUUUCUACCCAAUUAAGAGCUAGAACAAAGGGUCUUUACAAAAGCUAUGUACUUAUGCUGUUUUCAUCAUUUGACACUUGAUGCUGUCUACCAAAACUACUCCCUUGGCUCCCAUUCGAGCACACUAUCGUAACUCUAAUAAAAGGAGACAAUUGUGCACUGAGAACAGAGGACUUGAGAAAUAGGAGGAAGAUGUAUAACUAGCUCUGAGAAACUAGUUAUGUGCUAAGUGUAGCAACUUCUGUACAUUUUAAUGGCCCUACUUCUGUCUACUCCGGAGUUUGGGGGGUUCCCCUAGGCUCAGUCUUUGACCCCUUUCUCUGACUUUAUUCUUUCACCCAAAGGUUUUAUCUUUCAUGGUUUAAUUAUUGCCUCAACUUAGAAAACUGCUGAAGCGUCAUCUCCAGUCACAUGCAGUGUUUCCCCUGAGAUGACAUAAGGAAUAUUUAAAUUUCUGCUGGACACUUCUAUUUAUAUGUUACCAACACUUAAAGCUUUUAUUUCAGCAUUUUAGAACCAACAGGUACCAUCUGUUUCUAAUUAAGUUUUGUAGACUCAGAAAGUUAGCUUGUGCAAGAUAACACAACAUGUAGUACAGAACUCUUGAUUUCCAGUCAGGCAUUCUAGUGCUCACCAAUCAAAAUACUAUCUUUCCUCUAAAGAUGUCCUGUUGUGCCUUUUUGCAGUCUCUUGUUCUUCUGUUAGUGCUAUCUAUGAUACCAUCAUUUUUCUAGAUAACAGGGUUUAAAACUGGGUACCAUUCAGUCACCACAUCCUUUUUAUUCUGUGUUUGGGAUGUCUCUUAAAAUCCAUUUCUUCCUAUCCAUUCCAUUGCCACCUCUCUAGUCUAAGCUUUGACUAUAGCAAUCACCUCUCUAAUUUUCCUAGAACAGUGCUUUUGCAUGUCAUUCCCUAUUCAGAUCCUUCAGUGAUUCUCCAAUGCUUUGAAAAGAAAGUGCAAAACCUUAGUGAAGGUCUCCAUUUCUCCCUCUGCUUCCCUGCAUGAUCCCUCUGUUCAGUUUUAUUUGCCCCUGAACACUAAGCCUUUUUGUCUCUAAAGUCUUGUUCAUACUGUUCACCUUGCCCAACCUUUUUUCCUGCUUUGGUUAACUGAAAGUUACCCUUCUUUCAAUGACUAACUCAAGUCCUUCUCUCAGUUGUUCUACAGGCUCAGUCUUUGGCACUUUACUCCACCAAAUGAGAUCAUGUGUAUAAAAUGCCUAGUAUAAGGUUUGGUAUAUAGUAGGCUUGCAAAAAUGUUUCUUUCUCCCUUUCUUUCAAAGUAUUUUUCUAUUGUGUCCUAUUUGAUUCCCAUGACAGUUUGUGUGACUGAGGGAAGAUACGCAGAUUUUACAGUCCCAUUUUACAAAUGAGAAAAUAGACUAAGAGUUUAAAUCAGGGGUCAGAAAGAGCCAGAUAGUAAGUAUUUUAGAGUCUGUGGGACAUAUACCAACUACCCAACUCUGCUGUUGUAGCCAUUCUUAAUAUGUAAACAAAUGAGCAUGGCUAUAUUCCAAUAAAGUUUUAUAUACAAAAACAGGUGGAGCUGGAUUUGACUUGUAGACACUAGUUUGCAGAACCACUGCUUUAAAUGACUUAUUCAAGGUCAUAUGCCUGAUAAGUAUCAGAAUUUGGAUGGAUAGAAUCCAGAUCUCGACUUCUGAUCAAGGCUUUUCCACCAUACUAUACUUUUGUCUAUGUUUUGCAUUUGUCAUAUGCUAAUUUGUUUUACUAUUUUUCUUUUAUGUCUACCUACUGUCUUCUGGUGGUCCAAGAGGCACUGGAAUGUAUAAACAGUACUUAACACAGAGUAUGCAUUCAAUAAAAGUUUGCGGAUAAGCAUAAUGUCCCAGUUUU